AUGCGUCUGACAUCCGCUAUUGCUAUUUUUGCGCUCGCUUUUACUGCCGCUUCCUCCCCAAUCCCUGGCGCGCCAGUACUCGGCGGUGUUGUUGAUGCUAUCGCUCCGAUCACUGCUGCUGUCGGAGAAAUUCUCAAUGAGAAGACCGGCUUUGACAAGCAGGCAGCUGUUCGUCCCCAGUCUCCUACCAGAGACUAUAGCAACGUGGCCAAGCAGCGUGACGCACCCUUCUCUGGUGGCUCCAGCUCAGGAGGCUCUAGCUCAGGUGGCUCUAGCUCAGGUGGCUCUAGCUCAGGUGGCUCUAGCUCAGGUGGCAAACCGGCACCAGUACUUGGUGGUGUUGUUGAUGCUAUCGCUCCGAUCACUGCUGCUGUCGGAGAAAUUCUCAAUGAGAAGACCGGCUUUGACAAGCAGGCAGCUGUUCGUCCCCAGUCUCCUACCAGAGACUAUAGCAACGUCGCCAAGCAGCAUGACGCGCCCUACAACUAA